GCUGAACGCGACCGUUGCUGCUCCCGAGCUCGAGGAGGUGCUCGGCUCCGGGCUGAUCGCUGACUUGCAGAGAUUGGGAAUACUCUGGAGGCCUGCACCGCAAAGUGGGUGGCAGUCGACUGUUCAGCUUGCCCCAGUGGAUCUGCAGAAACCUUUCGCACGCGUCUCCAUGUUCUUCUUCGUGGACUGGGACGAGCUGCGACCGUGGCACCAGGUGAUGACAGUCACCAUUGACAGCUAUGCGCUGCUGCGAGCCCAGGCACUGCUACCACUGCAAGCUGCUCCAAAACGUGUGCUGGAUUUAUGUGCCGGAAGUGGCGUCCAGGGGCUCUAUGCCGCGAAGCGCUUCGCUGCUGCUGCCACACUCGUGGAUCUGAACCCGCGUGCAGUGCGCUUUGCGAAGGCAAACGUUCUGCUGAACCAAGUGUCCAAAGUGACUCUUCAUCACGGCAACCUCUUUGAG